GAUACAGCAUCGCAUAGUGGUGUUCUUUCAUGGUUGAUAGACGUCAUGUCAACAUUUCACUUCUCUGUUUCAGGUGAGCAGUUUGGCAGCUCACCCUGCCAGUGGCCCGAGAAUCAAACCUCCAGUCCGUAUACUGUCAGCUACCGAAACUCGCAGCUUAAUCUUGAUGGCUGUUCUAUUUGUCCAUCGCCACAUGUUAUAGACGACAUAUGUACGGAGGGACUGGGGAUUGCUGUUGGCAGAUCGCAUUGCCAGUCUGGUGCGACUUUGCACAGGAUUGAAUGCAGUCUUACUCAGAGUGCAGCCAAUACGAACUCAUCGGCAUCUUCUACCUCUGGGGCCUGUAAAAGUCAAGAAGUAUACAACGUAGAAACGAUGUGGGAGCACUACUCGUGCAAUCUUGAUAUGUUUUCCAAAAUGAAGGUGCAGAAACAAAAAUGCUCAGGCGUCAUAACUGUUCAGCCCCGGAGACAGUUCAUCUGUUCUAAGAGGGUAAAAGGAGUCCAUUGUGGUCGAAAAUUUAGCAAAUUAGAGCAUCUAAAGCGUCACCAGGAGACACACGACCAGGAACGCACAUUUACUUGUGAUAUCAUGCUAAGAAGCUCUGAUAUUGGCCACCAUCGAAAAGAAGGACCAUGUCGUCAGACUUUCUUGCGACACGACAAUUAUCUAGCACAUUUCCGCACCCAUCUCGUUCAAGAUACACGGGGACUGUUCUUCCCACAACUGAACAAUACGGGCCUCUACGCAGACCUGAUAGCCCUGAUGCCGGUCUUAAGGUCUGGGGUUGACACGGGAAACAUGCACAGGUACCACCGAAACACGCGAGUGUCAUGGGAGAAUCUAGUGGAGCGUGUCAGAGAAGCAAAGGGUGCCCUAGUGGCUGAUCAGAUACUUGUUACCAUCUUGCGAGCUUGCUUGAGACAUGAUGCUCGUGUAGCGCGGUCGUUUUGCUAGGUAUGAAUG